GUUGAUGCAGUUUGACCUUAGCUAAGCAAGGCUUAGCGUGAAGUCAAGGAUAUAUACAAAACUAAUAUUUUUUAGGGAUUAAAUGUGAUAAAAAGCUUACUUCUAUAAAAUAAGAAACAGUUGGCUGCAUGUAGUUUCGAGUUUAAAAUGCAAGAGUUGAAGAACACUUGAAAAACUUUUAAAAGAAUUGAAAAUUCAGAAACAGUUUAGUCAUGGCGGGAUCAGAGAUACCAUGGAUAGAGGGAGUGGCAAAUCAAGGUAAAGAACGUAUUUUCCCAGGAAGACACGUGCAACAACACGAGUGGGAACCAGAAUGGAAUCGUGAAUUUCGUAAACACUAUGACUACAUCUCAGAUUACGAAUGCCCUUUUCCUUACUCAAAAGAAAGACACGAGCCAAUUCUCAGCCAGACAAAAAAAGAAAAUUUGCGGGCUGCUAAACAGCAAAGAGAUCCAAUUCGAAUCGACACUCUGGUUCAUUGCACACCAUCUUCUAACAUGAGGGGAAUAAUUUCAGAUAAAGGGUUUGAAGGCGGCAAGAAGAAGAUCAAUAAGAGGCAAAAAGCUUAUUUGUCUUGGUGGAGUCCAUAUUUCAGCAAUGAUGUCCGCAAAAAUCUGCAAAAUCAAAUGCAAACGUUUUUCUCGCAAUUUUCCAAUUAUAAAAUCAACGAAAUAAAUGAUAUUACAAAGCAGUUUGGAAAAUCCGAUUCGUUUCUUCUUUAUUCUUAUCGCAAUCAAGGGCAUGAUUGUGAAUAUUACUUUAAAUACUCAAUCGACGAGCUGCUAAAAUCUUACCAAGACUAUAUUCGCGGUGAGAAGAUGGAAUUUAGAAUAUUGGGAACUUUUGCAUACCCUGUCAAAGUAGAGUACAACGUUCUCGUUUGCAGUGAAAGCGCAGGGAAAGAUGAAUUUUCUGAAUACCCGCUCGUACCGCAAGAGAACAAUGUCGUAACGAGAGAUAAUGAAGGCAAAUUUUGGUGGUAUCCACAGGCUACAGGAACCGAAAUCAAGCGUUUUCACCCCUACAAAACUGAUCCAAAGUACAGACGUUAUGAUCGUGUAUCUUUUGCAUUUCAUGUGCGAAAAGGAGAGAUAUUUGAAACAGAUUGUGUGAAAGAUAAAGGCAAGAAUAUACCACCUGCAUAUUUCACAAGAGCCUACUCACGACGCUUCAUUUACAGCUAAAUUUAGUACAAAAAACAUCCAUUCUAGAGUCUGCUGAAGAUAUAAUACGCUAAUCGUUCAGUAAAUCGUAGGCCAAAGCCACAUAAAACGAUUUUCGUGGACAUCGCAUGAUAUCCGUAAUUCGUUUAAUUCUAAACGAAAGAGAUUUCUCAGUUCUGUUGUUUGUCAAAUAUUAAAAAAAUUCAAUAAAAAUUCAUAGAUUGAAA